AUGGGCUGUGAGGGCAGGCGGGACGGGGCUGUUGAGGACCGGCGGGACGGGGCUGUUGAGGGCCGGCGGGAUGUGCUUUUUCAGAUGAAAGUGGCUGACUCGCCUGAUGCGAUCCUGAGGAAUGGGCUGAACAACAGAUACCGUGUGCUGGAGGUCAGCGUGAUCCAGAGGAAUGGAAGUGACCCUGAGAAGCACCUGACAAUUACAGCCUCCCCCUCACGGGAAAGUACAGAGCUGUGCAUCCUUAGGAAUGGCUGGGAGUCUGUCCCCGUGGUUCCAGGGGACAUUGUUCACUUGGAAGGGGAGUGCAGCUGUGGCACGUGGGUGGUCGGUGCCCAGAGUGGGUACCUGGUGCUGUACCCAGACCUGCUGCUCUCGGGCACCGCCAUCUCCAGCAGCAUCCGCUGCAUGAGGAGGGCAGUGCUGAGCGAACGCUUCAGGGGCUCUGAACCAGGCUCGCCCCAAAUGCUCGUUGGGACAAUUCUUCAUGACAUCUUCCAGCAGUCAGUCACCAACGACCUGGCACCAGAAAAGGUGCAAGAGCUAGCAAAUAAAAUUGUGUAUGGACAGAAGUACCUCAAGGAAAUGUAUCUCUUAAAUGUGAAACAAGCACAAAUAAUGCAAGAAAUAGAAGAAUAUUUGCCAUCGUUUUUUAAGUGGGCAGAAGACUUCAUGCACAAUCCAGCAAACCAAAACAAAAUGCAACUAAAACUGUCAAAUGGUGGGAAAACAGAAGAUGUAUCUUCUAAGAUAGAGGUUGUAGAUAUCCUGGACAUUGAGGAGAACAUCUGGUCUCCCAGGUUUGGGCUGAAGGGCAAGAUUGAUGUUACAGCCAGGGUGAAAAUCCACUGCCAGGCUGGAGUGCAGUCUCGGGUAAUGCCUUUGGAGCUCAAGUCUGGCAAGGAAUCCAACUCCAUUGAGCACAGGAGUCAGGUUAUUCUGUACACAUUGCUGAGCUUAGAGCGGAGGGCAGAUCCUGAAGCUGGAUUUCUUCUUUAUCUGAAAACUGGAACGAUGUAUCCUGUGUCUGCAGCUCGCAUGGACCGGAGAGAAUUAAUGAAGUUGAGAAAUCAUGUGGCCUUCUACUUAACACACAGUACCUAUAAACCUGAUGUGGGAAGGCAGAAUUCACAGCUUGCUGCUUUGCCUCCUGUGAUUGAUGACAGUCAAACAUGUAAAUACUGUUCACAAAUGCACAACUGCUUUCUAUACAGCAGGGCCGUGGAGCAGAAGAUGCCCAGUGUGGCCUUUCCUGCAGCUUUGGUGCCUGCCAUUGACAGAGAGACCCAGCACCUGAAACCCUCCCACCUGGAGUAUUUCAGCCUCUGGUAUCUGAUGUUGACCUUGGAGCUGCAAAGUGGAGAGCAUAAAAAGGGAUACAAAAAUAUAUGGAUGACACCUUCUUUGGAAAGAGAGAAGGCUGGAGACUGUGUUGGAAACAUGGUCAGAGUUGAUGAAGUCCAUGAAGUUUCUGAGGGACAGUAUCUGCAUUUUUUCCAGCGUAGAAACGGUGCCAUACCUGGGACAAACCUGUUGGUUGGUGAUCGAGUGGUUGUGAGUGGAGAGGAAAAGGGUUUGCUUGGUUUGGCUACUGGCUAUGUUAGAGAAGCCAGUGGAACAAAAGUCUCCUGUUUGUUGGGCAGGAAUUUGUCCAACCUCCCCAAGAACACUGUAUUCAGGUUGGAUCAUGAUGAAGGAGAUGUUGGUACAGGAGUCCCUUUUAAAAAUCUUUCUAAAUUGAUGAAAGAUUGCCCAGUCAGUGAAAGGCUCCGCAACCUGAUCAUUGAUUUCCAGAAACCAUGUUUUAUUCAGCACUUGAGCUCUGUCCUUCCUCCUGAAGCAAAGGAAACUGUUGCAAAUAUUUUAAAAGGUCUAAAUAAGCCUCAGAAACAGGCAAUGAAGCAAGUGCUGCUUUCAAAGGACUACACACUUAUUGUGGGCAUGCCUGGAACAGGAAAAACAACUACAAUAUGUGCUCUAGUGAGAAUUCUUUCUGCUUGUGGCUUUAGUGUCCUCCUGACCAGUUUUACACACACAGCUGUGGACAAUGUCCUGCUGAAGUUGGCCAAAUUCAAAGUUGGUUUCUUGCGCUUGGGCCGAGCUCAGAAGGUUCACCCAGACAUUCAGAAAUAUACAGAAGAAGAAAUCUGCAGGUCCAGAUCAAUUAAGUCUGUAACAGAUUUGGAAGAGGUCUAUAAUAGUCAGCCAGUGGUAGCAACCUCUUGCAUGGGAGUGAAUCACCCCAUCUUUGCUCAGAAGCAAUUUGACUUCUGCAUUGUUGAUGAAGCUUCCCAAAUCAGCCAGCUCGUCUGCCUGGGCCCACUGUUCUGCUCCAAAAGGUUUGUGCUGGUGGGGGAUCAUCAGCAGCUGCCUCCUCUUGUGCUGAAUGCAGAAGCAAGAGAUCUUGGCAUGAGUGAAAGCCUAUUUAAAAGGCUGGAACAAAACCAAAAUGCUGUUGUCCAAUUAACUGUGCAAUACAGGAUGAAUAGUAAGAUUAUGUCAUUGAGUAACAUGCUGGUCUAUGAAGGCAAACUGGAAUGUGGCUCAGAGAAGGUGUCAAAUGCCACUGUUAACUUGCCCAACCUAAAGAAAUUGAAACUGGACCUUGGGGAUGCUUCUAAGUCAUGGCUGAAAGAAGUCCUUGAUCCAGACACAGCUGUGUGUUUUCUGAACACAGAGAAGGUCCCAGCACCAGAACAUGCAGAAAAAGGUGGCAUAAGCAAUGUGACAGAAGCUAAAAUAGUGCUUUUCCUCACAUCCUUAUUUAUUAAGGCUGGCUGUAAGCCCUCAGACAUUGGCAUCAUCUCACCCUACAGACAUCAGUUAAAAACAAUCACUGACUUGAUGGCAAAAUGGAAGGAGAACAGAGUGGAAGUGAACACAGUUGACAAAUACCAAGGAAGAGACAAAAGUAUCAUAAUUGUGUCCUUUGUUAGGAACAGCAUUGAUGAAAAUCUGGGCUCCCUGCUGAAGGACUGGCGCCGCCUGAACGUGGCCAUCACCAGAGCCAAGCACAAGCUGGUCAUGGUGGGCUGUGUUCCCUCCCUGAGCUGCUAUCCUCCCCUGGAGAAGCUCCUCUGCCACUUGCAGUCCCAGGCAAUGAUCUUGAAUCUUCCAGUCGGGGCUCACGAAAGUAUCCACAAGUGUAACAUCUUAUGA